AUGUAUGUCAAAAGUAACUGGGCUUGCAAUCGUAACGUGCCUACUUUGACAAAGUCAAGAGUCCACAGCUAUCUAUUUCAAACAUGGGGCGGAAAUGAAGUGUCAGAAAAUUCAAUGCAAUCCUCAAGUAAAGUUGAGAGAACUACAGUACAAUUUAUACGUAGAAUCUAAAGUACAAUAAUCAAGUAUUUGUACUUCGUUUCUUCCCACCACUGACCAAACAGUUAAGUAGGUAAACCUUGAAAAGAUAGUAACACGACUAUACUCACUUGUGUAUUUAAAUUUAAAUUUGAGCAAAACCCACAAGUACCGUAUUAGUUCGGUAAUUUUAGUCGCGCGGUGUGAUGACGUAUUAUUUGCGCGACGGAGUGGAAAGUAAGGAUUCGACUACGCUCGCUGGACCGAUGCUAGCGUGGCCAGCUAGCCGUAACGUGCUAAAGUGGAGCUCUGAGCCGAAGCUACCACUUGUUGAAUCAUCACUUGGAGCCGAACGCAUCUCUAGUUUUAAGCUGAAUGCGGGCAAUGGGGGACGUGAAGACCCCAGACUUUGAUGAUUUGCUGGCGGCGUUUGAUAUUCCCGACAUUGAUGCCAUACAGUCAAGUCCAGAAGAGGACGAUGUGUCUGCUAAUGACAGAAAAAAUUCAUCCCACCCAGGCUCCCUUGCCUCACACACUGACCCCCCUCCUGUCAGUGUUAUAGUGAUGAACACUGUGAGACCCUGUGAAGAUGAUGUUGGAAAAAAAGACAAGACUACAAGCACUCCUUUAGACUCUUGUGUUAAGAUAAAUCUCACUGCUGCCCAAACUGCCAAUAGAUUUAAUGGGUCUGCUGCUAGUGACCAGGAAGGAUCCAACGCAGGACCGUGGCAACAGCAUUCACUGCUGAAGUUGAACGAUGACAACGAAGGGAAUGCGAUGGAGGUUGAUUCGGUCAGGAACAUGAUUGAAGAUGUGACCAGUUUGAAGCCCCAGCCACAACUGGAGUCCACUCAGUUGCCUUUUCCUUCCUCUCCGCACUCCGGCUUGCCUCAGAAGGAGGAAGCACACCUCCUCCCACAUGCACCGUCAUCCCCUUUAUCUCACAAUGGGGGUGUUUGCAAAAAGAAUGCCUCUCACUUGGAUGAGGACGACUCCGAACCAGACUUGGGAAGCCCACUGGUGAUCCACGAAAGCCCAGAAUUUGUCAUGCCGUCGCCUCCGAAAUUGAAACACAGCGUCAGACAUCAACCUGAGCUGUGUGUCUCUCCUGAGGCCACCUCAUGUACCCUUGAAGCGUUGAUUAAGCAUGAGGAGAAAUCUAUUUCCCUCGCAUCGCCACAACCGUCAGCGAGCCCUCAGAACUGUCAUUUGGCACCUGUGCAAGAUGAGAAAUAUCCAGAGCAUGUGAUAGAUGAGAGGGACUCACCUGAGAGUCCACCGCCUAGUGAGACAGGGCUCCCGUUUCCCAAUAAAAGCCCUGAGUUGGAGAGCCACAAGGAGCUUAUGGACAGCGAGCCAAGCCAAGAGGACAGCCCUAAUGACAGCAGAAAGACUGCAGGAGAUGGUCAAACCGUAAAUGAGGAGUCAUCUUUUGACACCGUGUCUCCGAAAACAGAACCAUCUGAAUUGUUGCCCCUCAAAGUUAAAAUUAAAGUGCCCGCAGGGAGCUUAAUGAAGACGACGCUUAAAAGAGGUCCAAAAGCAAAUUCUAAAGGUCCGGAUUCUUCCAAAUUGUCACCAAAGGCUUAUAAUCCGAGAUCUAAGAAGGGCGGUUCCCAGCAAUCUCGUUCAGAAAUGACAGUCAAAGAAAAACGUUCAGUGACGAUCAAACCUAAAUCCUCCCCCAUAGUGGUCAGUGUCGCCAAAACGACACCUCUUCCCUCCAUGACCGACUCAACAGCUGGACCCGGUGGCAUAAACCUGCACUGCCUGGGUCAGAAGACUCUCCAGAGUUCCCCUCAGUGUAGUAGCCGACCUGCCUCCAUAGUCACCAGCGGCGGGGCCAUUGUAUCCAAAAGCCAGACCAAUCUGGUGGAAAUCUUCAACAAGAUUCUCACCAAUAAGAACCUGCUGCCCAGCUACAAACCUGACUUGAGCUCCCCGCCUCCUGCUGAGUGGGGCCUUCCUUUGCCGGCUCAGGGUUACCGCUGUUUGGAGUGCGGCGACGUCUUCGCCCUGGAGCAGAGCCUGGCCCGCCACUACGACCGGCGUUCGCUGCGCAUCGAGGUGACAUGCAACCACUGCGCCAAGCGGCUGGCCUUCUACAACAAGUGCAGCCUGCUUUUACACGCGCGGGAGCACAAAGAGCGAGGCCUGAUCAUGCAGUGCUCGCACCUUGUCAUGAAACCUGUGUCCUUGGAGCAGAUGAUAAACCAGAUUGAACUCAGUGGACAGUCCACCUUCCAUGCCAAAGGGCAGCCACAGCAAGCGUCUGUGAACAAGAAAUCUGACACUGUCCAGCACAUCGGUAAUAAAUGUCCAGAAUGUCAGACUCACUUUAGCAGCAAAAAGGAGGUGAUCCAACAUUUCCAAGAAAUCAAACAACCUGAAACCACACAAUGCACCGAAUGCUCCCCUCCGAUGCUGCUGCCCAACACCUGCAGCGCGGCAGCUCAUCAGCGCAUCCAUCAAGGCAGUCCGCCGUGCGUCUGCCCCGAGUGCGGCGGCACCUCCAAGCACCAAGUCUUUCAGUCACAUCUGGAACACACUUGUUUGCACUUUUCACGACGCAUCGGGUACAGAUGCUCCAGUUGUCUGGUGGUGUUUGGAGGGCUGAAUUCAGUGAAGACGCACAUCCAACAGGCCCACUGUGACAUUUUCCACAAGUGCCCCAGCUGUCCCAUGGCUUUCAAAUCGGCACCCAGUGUACAAAGCCACAUCACUACCCAGCAUCCUGCGUUGACCGAAGGCCAGGCCAUGUUGAUCUACAAAUGUGUGAUGUGUGAUACAGUUUUCACGCACAAGUCCUUGCUGUACGUCCACUUCGAUACACAUUUAGCCACUCAAAAAGUUAACUUGUAUAAAUGUCCGGAAUGCACCAAGAUGUUUCCUCAGAGAAGUGUACUGAUGGAACAUUUCAAGAGCCACAAGACAUCCAAGCAAGAAUUAGCCUCCACCCCAGCGGCUGGUUCUUCGUGUCCUCAGCCUGCGGUCAAGAUAGAAAGUUCAGACGGGGAAGACGGCGAGAAGGAAGUUAAUGAUGAGACUACCAUCACCACGCCAGGGUGGAAGUGCGCUCACUGCCAGGAAUGCUACACUGACUCGGAAGAGUUCAUCAGCCAUAUGGCUAAACAACAUGGCAAGAUCUUAAAGAACUUUCCCUGUAACAAAUGCGAAAGCUCCUUCUCCUCCGCAUCCAGUCUGAGACGCCAUGUCCGCGACAAACACAAGCUUGCAAGUCGCUUCCACUGCCAGUUCUGUAUGGGCAGCAAGAAAUCAUUCAGCAGCCGAGCAAUGUUGGACAAGCACAUCCACCUUCGACACCGCGCGGAAGCCAUGAACCAGGAGGGGGGCACAGAUGAGGCUGACAGCUCCUCGGAACAUGACGGCGCUUCGCUGACUCGCCGUAGACGCCGAGCGGCUGCCAAGACGGAGCACAACGAAGAGUACUCUCCCUCAAAAAAGUUAAGAUCAUCCUUCGCGCCGCCCUCCUAUUCUCCUCCCGAGUCCGGGUUCCGCUGCGCUCCCUGCGGCUUCACCACGGAAGACCAGGCCACGUUCCAGGCGCACAUUAGCCAGCAUCGAGUCGGGGUCGAGGGCGGCGGGCAGCAGUGCACUCAGUGUGGCGCCUGCUUCACUUCGAGCAAGUCGCUGGCACGCCACCUCUUUAUCACCCACAAGGUCCGAGACGCGUUCACCGAUCAACAUCAAGCCCUGAUCGUGGGCGGGGCGUUGUCUCCCGUUAACAGCAAGAAGCUUGAUGAGAAUUCUCUUGGUUGCCCCGCAUCGCCCUCCUCGCAAACUCACGGCCAGGAAGAUGACGACACGCUUAACUGUAAAGUGUGCAGCAAACACUUUGACAGGGCCACUGAUCUCAACACGCACUUCAGAACUCACGGCAUGGCUUUUAUCAAUGCAAGAAACACGGGGAAACCAACCUAGGAUGUGAGUAGACCUUCACAACGUGCCUUAUUAUUAUUAUAUUGAGGAUUUUUGGCUCAGCCCAUCCUUGGCCAAAAACAUAGCACCUCCUUUGUGAAAUCUGAUCACUGCAAAAUUUCCCCAGCGAACCUGAGCACAGGUUUUGUUUGGAUUUAGUCACAAACGAGGGCAAGAUUAUACUGCCGACACCAAAGUCAUCGGUAUGCAAUUUAACCAGAUAUGAUACAGAUACAAAUUAAUGUCACGUCAACGUAAAACAAUCAAAAACGAUUCCUUCCAUCCAUUUUCAACGCCCCUGAUCCUGGAACAGGGUCGCUGGAGCCUAUUCCACUUUACUUCGGGCGGAAG